UCUCCACCAUUUUCGUCCUACCAAAAAAUAAGUAAAAUAGAACACUUUUCCAACUUGGUGUCCUCUGUGCGCUCUCUCUCUCUCGCCUCAACCUCAACAAAGUGCGUGUGCCUACCACAACGCCAUUUACUCUCUCUUUCUCAACCUCUUUCAUCGUUUACUCCUACUGCUCUCCGAUUCCUUUCUUCCUUUUCUCGUCUCUCUUCUCUCGUGCUUUCGGUCUGGGAUUUGUGCCCCUUUCCCUUUCCAAGCUUAUCCAGGAUACUUUGCUCUUCAAUAGAUAUGGAAUUUUUCUUCAGAGACCUAAAUGAAGAAUCUAAGCCUUCUCAGCUGGACAUGCCUAGAUGUCCAUUCUUAAGGAACAUUAACGAACCAACUAACUUCUCCUUCUCACCAUCCCUGGCUUUCCCUAUGCCUGUACGUGCAGCCAAAGGUCCCAUUUUUGAAGAUGGUCCCAAUUUUGAUAUGGCAUUCAGACUUUUCCAUGGGCAUGAUGGAGUAGUCCCCCUCUCUGCGAGAUCAUUUGUGAGUUUUGAGAAAGUAGAGCCUGAACCAGCCCCGGCCCAGUUCAAUCCUUUAGCUGCUAAGGCAGCCACUAUUAGCCUGUCAUCCUUUGGAGGGCCCUUCAGUUUCGAUUCAUUUUCUGAGAAAUGGAAGAAUCAGAAAAGGAAAUCAAACUCAUCCAAGAAAGAGUCUUCUUCACAGGGAGGAAGUUCAAAGCAUGAGGCAUUGAGCAACGAGUGGCUGCAAACAGGAAACUGCCCCAUUGCAAAGUCCUACCAAGCAGUUAGCAAAGUUAUUCCCCUAGUUGCUAAGGCGCUUCAGCCCCCUCCAGGCAUGAAAUUUAAGUGCCCACCUGCAAUAGUUGAAGCCCGAGCAGCUCUAGCCAAAACUGCAUUUGCAAAGAACCUCCGUCCACAACCCCUACCUGCAAAAGUACUUGUGAUUGGGUUACUGGGCAUGGCAGCAAACGUUCCUUUAGGGAUAUGGAGAGAACACACUGAGAAAUUCUCACCAUCCUGGUUCGCUGCAGUUCAUGCUGCCGUUCCAUUCAUAGCCAUGCUAAGGAAGUCUGUGUUGAUGCCCAAGGCAGCUAUGGCUUUUACCAUCGCAGCAUCAGUUUUAGGACAGGUCAUUGGAUCGAGAGCAGAACGUCACCGAAUGAAGGCAAUUGCUGCAGAUAAAUUGGCUCUCAGAGCACCUGUUUCAUCAAAUCAGCUACAUUUAGUGAAAUCAAAAGGGGGACAUUGUGGUGAUAUUGUGAGCUGGGAUUCAGUUUCCCUUGAGGUGUCUGGGCCGCCUUCUCCAGCAGAUGUUUAUUGCUAAGUUUUUUGUUUUCAAGUUAUGUUAUCGUAUAUUAUGUAUAUCCUUGUGUUGUACAAGGUGUUGUUAUUCUUUGUAUUCAACAAACCAUGUGUGCUUUUUUCAAAGUCUUGACUCUUUGUACCCUUUUCAUUGAGGAAACUUUUCGGCAAAUGAAGGAAUAAAAGAAAUAAAAUAUGAAAAUGA